AAAUAUUUCCUGAUUCAACAUAUUUGUUUACUUCUUGGAUUGGAAAAUAAAGGGAAAGGAAUGGGGGAAAAUUAAGGGAGUGGACAUGAAGAUAUCAUCAUUAUCCGCUUCCUCUGCCUCUCCAUCGGUGCUGAAUCUACUGCCUAGCAGUAAUCUCAGCUCAAGCUCGAAUCUUCUUCGACUUCCUCCCCUCCUUUCUUUCCACCCCAAUGUCAGCAGUAGCACAGGGAGAAAGCUAAGUCUCGUCCUCUGCUCCGGCGAGCAACCUUCAAUAUUGUGCGAGGGAGGAGAGUUGAGAGGUCGAGGUAGAAGAGAAAGUUUGGUUUUGGGCUUCAUUUCAGCAGCUGCCACUCUCACUGCAGCUUCUAAAUCCUCCUGUGCGGAGAAUGAAGACUUCCGGGUUUACACAGACGAAGUCAACAAAUUUCAGAUAUCAGUUCCACUGGACUGGGAAGUGGGCACUGGAGAGCCCAGCGGCUUCAAAUCCGUGACAGCGUUCUAUCCACAACAAGCUUCUGCUGCUGCAAGUGUCAGCGUGGUGAUCACAGGGGUGGGAGCUGAUUUUACAAGAAUCGAGUCCUUUGGAAAGGUUGAAGAGUUCGCCGAGACAUUAGUGAGUGGACUGGACAGAAGCUGGCAGAAGACUCCUGGUGUUGCAGCAAAAUUGAUUGACUGCAAAUCUUCAAAGGGGUUGUACUACAUCGAGUAUACGCUUCAAAACCCAGGCGAGAGUCGAAAGCAUUUGUAUACAGCACUUGGAAUGGCCUCCAAUGGCUGGUACAACAGACUGUACACCAUCUCAGGCCAGUUCGUUGACGAAGAAUCACAAGCUUACGGAUCCAAAAUCCAGAAGGUGGUCUCAUCCUUCAGGUUUACCUGAAGGCCAAGAAUUUUGAGCUCACUCCUUGCUCACUGCUUUCUUUUCCAGCUAUCUAUGAUUAUGAUCAUAGCACUAUCAGCUGUCUGUUGACAAUAAAUAAGUCUCAUUUGU